UUUUUUUUAUUCCCUUCACCUCUCUUCGCUUGCCACGACUACACUCCUCCUCCUCUUCGCCUCCUCUCUUCUUGACACGUAUCGCACCUCGCCCUCGUCGCCUUGCAUACCCCCUCUCCCUCCUCUGUAUAUAAACCCCUCUUUGAAUUCGUAUCUCUGUCCGGGCCGUCAUGUUAUCGACAACGCUUCUCUCCUUGCCAGACAUGAUGGCCCAUGCCUCUUCAGCUGGCGCUCCCUUUGACAGCGAAGUGUCCACCGCAGACCUGGACAGCGAGGCAUCCGCGACAACCCCCUCUGCAGCCACCCCCUCCCCCUCCUCCUCCUCCUCCUCACCGUCGACAGCAACCGCAACCGCCAUCCUCGCCCACUCGGCAUUCUCUUCAUCCUCAACGGAAGCCAUGCACAUUGACAUGCUGACUAAACUUCUGGAUGCAACCACCCCGACCCUCCACCAGAACUGUGCCGCCAAUGCCACCGAUCUCCUCUCCGACCCUAGUGUGAUCGCUCUGGCCGCCACCUCUACUUCCUCUUGGACCGGCUCACCCUCCAUCAGUCCCAUGGCUCUCAAGCUUGAGUCGCCCCUGCUCAGCCCCAGCCCAGGCCCAUCCUCAGAGACCCCUGCCAAGCCCAAAGGCAAGAGCAAGGCCGUCUCUUCCUCAAGCACCACCCACCGGAAGAGAUCCACGGAUCCUGCUGACAAGGAGACCAAGGCCCGUGAGCGCGUGUUGCGGAACCGCGCCGCCGCUCAGGAGUCCAGGGACAAGAAGAGAAAGUACGUCGAAGAGAUCGAGACCUCGAACGAGCACCUCCAGCAAGAGAACACCCAGCUGCUGAAGCGACUCAAGACCGUCGAGAGCGACAACCUCGCCCUCUCUCAACGACUCGAGACCCUCACCGCACAGUUCGCACAGAUGCAACAACUGCUAUCCCAGUCCUUAAAGCACAACCAACCCGGAGUCGGCUUUUGCCAGUACUGGCAAAGAAGGACAAGAGAUCCCGUAAGACGGACGCCUUGACCAACUCUCCGCAGCAGAAGCUGGCUCCACCCAAGAGAAACCUUUACACCACAACCUCCACGGCUCCAAUGCCCAACAAACACCGACGAGUCUAUUCGAUGACGAUGAAGACCUUGAUGAGCAAGAGGGAUCAGAACAGGGAAGCCCGUUCGUCGGAUCCGAGUGCAGCUCAGAACUGGAUGGAGACCAGCUGUCGGCCAUAUUGCUACAACAGUCGCAACAUGACCUUGACGCUCUCCUCCUCUGCAGCAGUCUCUUUUCUGACGACGCGACCACCGGCUCGGCAGCUGGCCACCACGGCCUUGAUGAUGGUUCUUCUGACCA